CAACCCAGAAAUGAAACAGAAAAUAAUUUCUACUGUCGACUUUCCGUUCCCAGACUGAGCUAUCAGUAUCACAACAGAUUUUUUUUUUUUUAAUUUUUUGGGGGCUUGUUUACAGCUAUCUUCUUCACGAUUUUGGAUAGGAGCGCUAGCUUGGCAUUGAUAAACGUUAUACAAUUUGUACACGAAUAGCUUUCUGGAAGAAAGUGCUGUCAUAUAUACUUCCAGGAAAAGGAGAAAGAGAAGAAGCGGAAGGAAAAGGAGAAGCAUUCAUAACGAUGGUUCAUCAGAACAUUCAGAACGAUUCAAGAAGAAAGAAGAUACUUGUUGAGGAGCAAUCUCCUCUGCUAGUCAAUCAGAAAGAUGUGGGUUCUCAGGGGGCAUCUUUUAGUGGGUCAGUGUUCAAUUUAUCUACCACCAUUAUUGGGGCUGGAAUUAUGGCCUUACCUGCUGCCAUGAAAGUUCUGGGAUUGGGUUUGGGAAUUAUCGCCAUAGUCUUUCUUGCGUUGCUUACUGAGACUUCCUUGGAGAUUCUGAUAAGGUUUAGCAGAAUAGGGAAGGCUGGGACCUAUGGAGAGGUGAUGCGAUAUGCCUUUGGAAGUGUUGGAAGAUGGGCUUUUCAGAUAUGCGUUCUUCUUAACAACUUCGGGAUUCUCGUCGUCUACAUGAUCAUAAUCGGUGAUGUGCUAUCUGGAACAUCUUCAAAUGGAACUCAUCAUUCUGGUGUAUUGGAAGGAUGGUUUGGCGAAUACUGGUGGACUGGGCGUACUUUUAUUCUCCUGGUGGCAACCGUAUUUGUAUUUGCUCCUUUGGCAUUCUUCAAGCGGAUAGAUUCUUUGAAAUACACUUCCGCUUUAGCAGUGGCCCUGGCAAUUGUAUUUAUAGUCAUAACUGCAGGGAUAACAUUUAUAAAAUUGUUUAAUGGUAGCAUUGCCAGACCCAGGUUGCUUCCUAAUGUUACUGAUUUUACAUCUGCAUGGAAGCUCUUUACAGCAACCCCUGUUCUUGUGACAGCAUUUGUCUGCCAUUACAAUGUGCAUACAAUAGACAAUGAGCUGGCAGACUCUUCCUUGAUACAAAAAGUAGUGCGUGCAUCUCUGGCCCUAUGUUCUAGCAUCUAUAUAUUUACGGCCUUAUUUGGGUUUCUUUUAUUUGGUGAAUCAACUCUUGAUGACGUCCUGGCCAACUUUGAUACUGACCUUGGCAUCCCUUACGGCAGCCUGUUCAAUGACAUUGUUCGCAUCAGCUAUGCUCUUCACCUCAUGCUUGUUUACCCAGUUAUCUUCUUCUCACUGCGCUUCAAUUUAGAUGAUCUACUUUUCCCUUCAGCUAGGUCAAUGGAUUUGGAUAAUGUUAGGUUUGUGCUGAUCACAACUGGACUCAUCUCUUUUAUAUAUGUGGCGGCAAAUUUUAUACCUAGCAUUUGGGAUGCUUUCCAAUUCACUGGAGCAACUGCUACUGUUUGCCUAGGGUUCAUUUUUCCUGCUGUUAUUGCCCUAAGGGAUCCUAAUGGCAUUGCAACAAAGAAAGAUAAGGUUUUAUCUAUCGUCAUGAUUGUGCUGGCUGUGUUCUCAAAUGUGGUGGCCAUAUACAGCAAUGUUAAUGCUAUCUUUAGCAAAAAUGCUGAUCCUCAUGAAUGAUCACUCGUAUUGGCUCGGUCAGCGUUGACAGAUGAGACCAUUUUCUUGGAACAAACAUUUUCAUGGCCUCUGACCAUAGAGUGAGUUUUGAGAUCAAGAGUUUACUCAUUUGCGGAAUCGAACGACAAAGAACUUGUUUGUUUUUCCUUGCAUUGUAAGAAUUCGAUUAAAUAAAUAAUUAUAUUGCGUGGUUUUUUGGUGCUGUGAUUUAACUAA